UUUAUAAUCAUUUUCGAGUGAUAUUUAUUGUUUUUGGAAUUUUUCAACCUGACUAAGGCAACGAUUGCGCUCUUGCUCCAGCGUUAUUAUUUUAUUUCAGUUGUACUUCGAAACGUCUUUUGACAACACCGAGUGUUCGUUCACUCUGUGUCAGGUCGAUAAAAACUCGUGUAGAUACUAAUUAAGAGGAAUUAAACUACGGAAAACCUGAUAAAAUCUAUAAAAACCGGAGAGCUGUGCUCAGAACGCUUGCACCUCAGUAACGAAGGAGUCGAAGAUGGCUUCGGCGGAACUGAGACUGCUGUUGUUGGCCUUCUUUCUCGCAGAGACCGGAUGUGGGACUGGGGCUGUUGUUGAGUGGUGGCGAAACUCCCUGAUAUAUCAGAUAGCCCCCCUGGCGUUCCAGGACAGCGACGGAGAUGGCAAAGGAGAUUUAAAAGGUAUCAUUCAGAGACUCGACUAUCUGCACGACCUGGGGGUUGGAACAAUCUGUCUGAACCCAAUUUAUCCUUCACCGAUGAUAGCCGAUGGUUUCGACGUUUCCAAUUACAGGGACAUCAACCCCCUAUUCGGUGACAUGGAGGAUUUCCAUGUUCUUGUAGAGGAGGCCCAUCAACGAGGGUUAAAAGUCAUUCUGGACAUAGUGCCGAAUCACUCGAGUAACGAACACAGUUGGUUUAACGCAUCUAUUCACUCGAUCCCUCCAUACACGGAUUACUACGUGUGGGCAGCUGGCAGAGUGGAUGCUAAUGGGACAAGACAACCCCCGAAUGACUGGCGGAAUUUUGUGGGAGGCAAGAAGGGAUCUGCUUGGACUUGGAAUGAGAUUCGUGGCGAGUGGUACUACCACCAGUACCUCCCGUCACAACCGGAUCUCAAUCUGAGGAACGCCAAAGUUGUCACGGAGAUUUUGAAUAUCAUAGAUUUCUGGCUGGUGCAUGGUGUCGACGGUUUCUUCAUCUCCGACGUGCCCUACCUUUUCGAAGAUCUUGUCCUGAAGGAGAGCCCGUCAGGUGCACUGGAAAGCGGAUUUCAUUUCGUGGAAACGUCAAUCUUGCUGUAUCAGAUACUAGACUACACGAACAUUUGGGCCGAUGUGAACAAUUCAACCAGCAAGUUGGUGAUGGCCGAGGCCUGGGAUUUAGACAAAAACGUAAUAUCAAAGAAUGAUGGUGCGGAAUUACUCGGAACCAUUCCUCUGAAUUUCCGGUUAUUCGACGAUGUCGAGGAAGCCGGUAAUGCCGCUGGCAUCAAGGCCAUCGUCGAGGGGUGGCUAAAAAAGUUGCCGGUUAAUUGGACGACUAAUUGGGUGCUAUCAGCAGAGAAAUAUCGUCGGAUAGCCAACCUAGUAGGCCAGAAAAAACUCCCAGGAUACUUGGCUCUCUCAAUGCUCCUGCCAGGUCAAGCCUGCAUGUUGUUCGGUGACGAAAUAGGAAUGAUAGACUCAAAAGCUCCGUCUUCAGACAACCUCAGAAGGACUCCGAUGCAGUGGAGUAAGACCACUUCCGCUGGUUUCUCCACCAAUUCCACCACUUACGUACCUGUGAAUGAUAAUUACGAUUACCAGAACGUUGAGACACAGCUUGACGAUCCUAAAAGCACUCUCAACGUGUACAAGAGUCUUGUGAGCUUAAAAAAAAUUCCGGUCUUUCGAGAUGGUGAUUGGCAGAUCGAUACACUCAAUGAUGAUAAAAUCCUGGUGCUUAAAAGAUCGUUAGAAGGACACCCGACCUACAUAAUUCUCAUCAACACAGCUUCUGAAAGCGAAACAGCAGAUAUUUCCUCGAUAUACCCAGACUUCCCAGAGCACUUGAUCGUUGACCAGUUGUUUGACAGCGCUAUAGGGAACUCGUUAAUCCCUGCGGAUAGAGUAAAGCUGGUUCCCGAUGCACUGAUGGUUCUGACAACCGCUCAAGACCCAUUAAGAUGUCCUAUUGAUGAAAACACAGCUAAAGAAAUGGGCAAAGACUCAACGAUACGCCCUGAGAAUGAAAUAAAGUCUUCCACUUCAAACGUCCUGAAGGAUUCUGACGAUCAUGAAAAUGGCAAGGAACCUUCUGUUAAGGUGCCUGUCUCUCCGGAUCAUGAAGAGAACCCCAACGACUUGAAGCUUGAACCUAAGGAAGAAUCACAGGGUUCGGGUGAGAGAGACGUGACCGAUGAAAUUGCAACUGAUAAUAUCCAACUAAAAAUAGACGAAACUUCGGUUACCGUCAAUAAUUUCGAAGAUGGUGAAACAAAGCUGACGACGACGUCAGAAACCGUCGAUCAUACACCCAAGGAAGUACAACCAUCAACGACGCAAGCCCCAAGGAAUAAUGGAAAUGACGAAAAUUCUUCUGCAUGCAGAAAUAAAAUUGUCACAUUGGUGCUGGGGCUCGUCACCACUAUCACUCUCGUUCUUAAUUAUCUAUAGAAGGGGUAUUAAUUGGAGGUAUAUUCAAAUAAAUGGAGUACAUAUUUUUCUUGCUAGAAUAUAGUUUAUACAAUAAAUACAUUUCCUUUGUUAACGGUUUCUGACGUUAAUUUCUAUAUUAAUUUCAAUGAAAAAAAUCACAUUUGUUUGGGAAAGGAUUUAUUCGUUGAUUUGGGAAUUUAUUUAUUGAACAAGGCUAUUUUACAUUAUUUAGGAUUUUGUAAUUACCCUGGGAAUGGAGAGAUUCAUACGAAAAAAUGUUAGUCACGUUUUUUUCUGGAAUUACUCGUCCCGGAGAUAAUUACGUAAUUAAAAGAAGUGCAGAAUUUCACCCCAUUUAAUUAGCCCAAUGUAACACCUGCUAAUUGCUGAUGCAUCCGCGGGCAGGGUAAGGAAAGAUAGAAUUAUUUUAAUCAUCCUUAAAUGUACGACUCCAUCACAUGAUUAUCAACAGACAUAGAACAUAAUAAUCUACAUUAAUGACAGCUAAUUGACAUCAGCAGUUUAACAAAAUAGAUCAUGAAAUUGAAAAAAAAAAUCUUGAUUAUUACCUCCACAUUUCCCAUUUCAAUAAAAAUUAGUUUUGUAUUGCAAGUGGACAGCUGAAGUCAAUGGCCUGUUGAUUUUGUCAAAGGGGAAUUCUAUGCAUUUAUCUGUAUUUUUAAGAUUUUUUAAGAAUUAUUUUUUUUCAAUGAUUAACAAGAGGUUUUGGAGGUAAUAAAUUUUGUUUGCAUUCUCAGGAUGUGAUUUGCAAUGGUGUAACUCUAAUUUUGGUCCACACGUACGUAAUAUGUACACAAAUGAAACAAAAUGGGGUUCUUAAUCUCUAUUUCUUUUUUUGGAAGUUUGAAAAUCACAAUUGAGUGAAAUUAGAUUGAAAUCAUCUACAUAGAUUUUUUUUAUAAGUUUUCACAUAAAAUCCGAAAUGCACUCACCAAUUCCCCUUGAUUAGUAAUUGCCUAACUUAAAUCUGGAAAAAUCAUCUCAAAAUAAUCGAGAUUCAAAAAGGGAACAUUUCACACGACUUUUAAACUCAACUCGCAGUAUAAACAUACAAAAAUAUAAUAAAAAAUAAUUACGGUAGAGGUUAAAUCUGGCACCGAAGGAGAGAACUGAACAAGGAGCUGCCUAAUAGCCAGCAAAAUUUAUAUACAAAAUUUUCUAUAGUACAAGGGACACGAUUCAAGACUCACAGAUUUAAUUUCUGAAUUCACGAGAAAGUCAGAAGCUCUUCCCCCAUUACUGAAUGGAAAAUUUAGUUGGAGAAGCUCUUUAUAAUUACCAACAGAUAAACAAGUAUUAAAACUCGCUAACAAGCACUGUUUCCUUCGUUGUUGUUGCAAAGUUCUUGAGUAUAAAGUUUCCAAAGUUGUUUUUUCUUCAAUUAAAAAAUGAGAGAAAAUUCGCGAGGACUUGGGAGGGUGUAAAAAAUGUUUUAUGCACUAUUCGUGUACAUUUCUGGUUUCUCGACAACUUUGAAGAUGUUAGAGAGCUCGUCUAGGAGGGUCUCGUACCGAUAGGACACGCGAAUGUCGGGGACAUUUGUUCGGGUGAUGUCGUUGCCUGCUACUCCCUCCUUUGUGUAGUUAGGGCCUAACCAGUACUGCUUGCUCUAGAAUAAUUUCACAUGAAAAAAUCGACUUUAGAAAGGAAAUUAAAUAAAUGGACCAGGAAAGGACAAAUUUCUCCACGAAAUGCAUCCCCUGAUUUUUUUUUUAAUCGAUGCCAUACGAAACAAAUUAAUUUUACUUUCAGUCACAAUUAAUCCAAUACUGAUGGCAAUAAUACCUUAUGAGGGAACCCACUCAUCAGAACAGAGUUCCUCGCCAACUCGCACAUAUCACAUGAGCUCAACUUCCACACCUGUGCAGCGAUGCUGUACUCCUCCAUCAAAGGUUCCUAUCCCCCCAAAAAAAUUCCAGUUACUUUUUUAAUGUCGAAAGAAUCACCAAAAUCAUGCAUUCAUUAAUUUUUUGUGUUUCUGUUUCUUUUCUUAUAAGAAAAAUUCCGCCAUUUCCCUCAAGCUUUUCGAUACCCACAAGAAACCAAGAUUUAAAAUAACUCCCCCGUUUCCCCACUUGACUGUACAGUUUCCCAAGACCAUCUCCAUACCUUAGUAAAGUGAAACUGCAAAGGAUCAUCGGUAGAAAGGCUGAUGCAGAGUCCCCUGGCCAGAUACUCGGGCAGAGGGUUCCUAUGAUAAUUAAGGAACAAGGAGUUGUUGCUGAGAGGUGACAUAGCAAUUCCAAUUUGCGCCAGGUAAUAGAGAUACUGAAGCACAGGAACUUUCCUCAGUAAAAGCCCAUGAGAGAUAUUCUCAGCCAUCAUGAAGCCGCAGACCAAAUGCUGAAUGGGUCCAGCUUCGCCACAAUGGGGUCGCAGGACAAACGUGUUGAGACCCUGUUCAGCCCUGAAGUGAUUCAAAACGGUCAUGUUGGCGUAGGUGUAGUACUGGUAGUAGCCGUAGGGUGGGUUCUCCACGUCAUUCCAGUCCUGAGGGGCUGCCACGUCCUUGUCGAAGAGGGGGUUCUCCGGUUUGCUCUCGUCAUCCACCGAAUCGAAGCCUAUGACGUACGGGAGGAACUUGUGGAGUUCUGGGUGAGAGGUGGGAUCGUUCGUUACCUCGAAGAGGGGAAGGAAGAUGUUGUUGAUAAUUUCCUGGAGGGAGGAAGGAAAAAUUAAUGAGCAGAAGAUUUUUUUUUUUGGUUGAGGGUUUAAUGUGGUUUGAGACCCUCAAAUGAGCCCAACAAGCGGUGACCAGCCAAUUUUAUUCAGUAGUUACUUACCUGGAAAUUAGUCAUCAGUUUAUUGAGCUUGAAAAUGUCAUAAAGACGAGGAAUCUGGAUCAACCAGCGGACGUUGUCCGAGUAGACGUUUCCAUUUAUUGCCCAACGCGCCAGUUUGUCCCACUCAUCUGCACUCUUUCCAUAGAUUGAUAGUCGCAACUCUGCGUUCUGAUACUUGGACUCCUCAAGAUCUGAGGACACUUCGUUUAUUAUCCUGGCGAAGUACUUUCCCUCCAAGUAAUUGUCGGUCUUCAAAAAGACCUCGCGAAGACGGGAUUCGCCAAUGGGAUUGUAUUUAGCGUUGAACUUGUCGAAUCUGUGGAAGGUAUUCCUGUCCUGGGGAGUGUUAAUUAAUUUAAUUAGUGAAUUCAUGGAUUUUCAUUCACAAAUAUAUUUUUUUAAAAGAUCUAACGAUUUAUUUUUGGUGAUGGAUCGAUAAAUGACGAGACUGAAAUGUUUUUUAAUGAAAAACUGAAAAAGGAUAAUGAGAAGGUACUCAUUAAAGUACUCACUGCAUGAACGUCGAGCAUGUCGACACUGAGGUCGUAAGUAGUCAGAUUCAUGGACUGGAACACUUGUCUGAGGGUCAUCAUUUCUCCACUCUUGGAGCAAGUAACCACUUCAUCUGCGUGGUUCUUCAGGGUCUUCUUUAUGAAUCUCAGAAGAUGUUUUUGAUUCAUACAAGAGGCUGCGUGAAUGUGAGUGUCGACCUAAGAGUGAAGAUGGGUUAUUGAGAUUCAUUAGCCGAAGAUAAGCCUCAACCUAAUAUCUUAAGUUAAUUUGGACAAAAAAUUUUCUAUACGAAAAUAUCCCAAGACAUUAUUUGUAGAGAACUUCAAGGACUAGUGAAAUGAUCCUGUGAUAUUUUCUAUGCAAAAAAUGGUGCUCAAAAGUCGUCAAUUUUCUGAAAUUAUCACGGUAAUUCCAGUUUCCUGACACAAAUGUUGUCUGGAGGUGGACACAGACCUUUCUGAUAUUGUAGAAGUCCCUGUGUGGCACUGCUUUCUGACUAGCGAGCUCCCUCAGUUCAUUCAACAACACGUGCAAUUGAAACUUGGAUGACAGGUAACUCAAUCGCCUGUAGCAAAAAGACUUGAGAGGACCAUCAGCUAUCAUGGAACAAAGGAGAUUCAUGUCUCUGACGAAGGUCGCAAGGUCAGGGUAUGCAUAUGGCAUGGCUUUGCCAUUCUGGUAGUCCUCCUCAGAGGCAAACAGAUUGAAUACACCAUUAACCGGUGCUAUUUUGUAAUUCUUGGCUGGGGGAAUUUCAGAGGCCCAAGGGUCUCUCGAUGCUGGUGCAUGCACUGGAUGAUCUGUAAUGCAUAAAUUAUUCAGUCAUCAAAGGUGAGAGAUUAUUCAUGAGAUCUACGAGGGAAAAUGUGAACUUUCUAUUUCAUCUUGUCAUGCGACAGACCUAGGGGAUUUAGACGAGAAAAUUAUUGCAAGGAAAUUAACUGUAGAAAUGUUUGUUCUUGAAUAUUCUGUGGAUAUCUUUGGAACCGAUGAAUUUAUCGAAAAAUGUCAUAAAAACUUUUUUAUAGCUAGUGAAAUUCUCUACAGAAGAUAUUGAGCGACAUUUUCUGUUAAAACCACUAGUUAGCAGAGUAUUCGCUGUGUAAUCCACCGAAUUUUUUUCUUGACAAAAAAUAUUUUGCAUAACCCUCUAAAACCCCUCAAUCCUAACGCAAUGAUCCAACAACUCGUUCUUGACCCAUUUCUCCCACCCCCCGAGGUAUUAAAUUAUUUCAGGAUUUUUAGAAAGAAAGGGAGGGGAACCUGUACAGUCGAUAAAUCUUAUCAAGGCAUCGAUGUCAGCGUCUGACCUUGUGUCGAAGAUCUCUAAUUCACUGUCCGUGGGAAGUUUAUCGGAUUUACCCUCUGGAGAUUACGAAUUAAUAAGGAUUAUGAGGGGGCAAUGAGUGACAAAAACAGAAUGAUGAUGUAAUCAUUUAGCAAACCUGCAAUUGCCAUACGAUCGUCGUGCUGCACUUCGUCUUCGAUAUUCAUUGGACGUUUGUCGACACUUCUCAAGAAUCUGGCAGCUAUCGAUGGAAAAGUUUGUCUAGAAUUGUUCAUGUACUGUUCACGAAUGCCCAGAGCCUGGACGAGCAUCUGCGAGGCCCGCUGGAGAUCCUCCAAAGGGACCUGUCCAUCAAAAACAAGAAAAACAGGUGUAACCAAACUUCAAGGGCAACUGCUGUUGGUAUUUAAAAUUCGCUGGAGAAGGUUCAUAGAUAACAAUAAAGACUGGACUGGAUGAAAUGAAGAACAGAGGAUCAGAAAUAAUUAGAGUGACCCGAGGUGUCAGGGAUAAGAAACGAAAUAAAGCCAGAGGCGUGGGUUGAGUUCGUGGUAACUUAUUGAUCGUCAGUGGACUGCGUACAGUGUUCACUGCAGGGUGAGAAGCAAAAAAAAAAACUGAAAAGUGUGGACACACCAGUGGUGCGACGUAUGCAAAUGAGGACAGUCAUAAUUACUUUACGGUGAGUUGACGCUGAAUGAGGAGCUUCUUCUCGAUUUGUUCUAUGGGAAACUGAGGGACCUCGUAGGGGGCUGAUAUCUCAUUCGGAAGCUCGGAGGGUGCCAUCCGCAUGGAGUUGCCGGCUGCUCCAUUUGCUCCGUCGAACACUGGGCUUUCACUUCCUGAAAUUGACAGAUCAGUCUCAUUUCUAUGGAUUUAAUUUUAUGGUGUUCACCAGAAGAAUGUCUGUCCGGAACGUCUGAAUCUACUGCAGAACCGGUUCGUCCCACUGUUUAUCCACUGGAAAAUGCCGCGGGUUUCAUCGAUGAAACGUCGAUCGUUGGUGACGUAGGCUACACAAUUGUCUUUGGCAAAGGACCAAGAAGUUUUACGCAAAAGUUGGACUACUCGGAGACGAUCAAUACCUCAACGCCGGGAGUUCGGCGAUAAUUUUCCGGGUAAAGGAAAUGGAAACUGCAGCUCUGGGAGAAGUUCGAGGAGAUUAACAAUUUUUGAGCGGCUGAGACGUUUUCCUCGAUUUUUCGAACUAGAGAAAUUAUUUUCGACAGCGGAGGGCACUUUGUCGAAGCAAACCCAACGAGAGAAUAAUCUCGAGUGGCUCGCAACGGUCUACAAGUAAUUGUUUAGUGUACCGGUGCUAAAAUUGCUGAAUUUCGUCACAGCUCGUAACAUAGCCCUGGGACUGAUCAUCCAACUGCAACGAAAUAACUUACACGGGAAUAUAAAAUAGUACCGGAGAAUCGUAAUAAUUUAUCGAUUCAACAACGCAGAGGAGUUUAACUUCUCCGGAGAAGUCCCUUUCAGUUCUAUUCGUGUAACGCGGAGGAAUUUUCUACUUGGGCUGCUUGGCAGGGGGUUUGACUACUCAAUUAUUAGGAACGUUCUGACGCGGAAAGUGAUUUUUUUUUAUGCGCAGCGGCGGUUCAUUAACAUCCAUAUUGUUUACUGAUAUUCGUUCCAUUAAAAAUUUUGUUUAUUGUUGAUUUGUGGAUUUAUUGGAGGGCUAGUUACCGGAACUUCCGUAGCUGGAAUUGAAACUUGUGAAGUCAGAGUCCUCUUCUUCCAGUCCAUAGCGAAAUUGUCUUUGAUAAAUCGUGUGAAUCCCCCCAAUUUUGGUUCCUGAUUCGCACUUUCGAAGGGAUAUGUCGGUGCGAAGGGACAAUCUCAGGGUUCGAGAGCUACCUUCCAGGUUUUAAGACUUCAAUUCAGAAUUAUUUAUUCAUUCUGUGAAAGGUGUUUAUUUAUAAACUCAUUGUGCGUCACGUUUCACGGUCUGGAGAGGUAGAAUUGGGUAUCAGGAAGAUGUCAGGACAUCGAUGCGAAUGGAAGAACGACAGACUGUUGUUUCUGCAGUCGUUGAUGAUGGAAUAUUAUUUUCGGUAUCGGUGGAAAAGGUCAGGCACCUCGUCGCCCUCCUCGCCGAGGAAACAACAAUGAGGGAGACGAGGUUGAAACGUGGAGUGAAUUUUUUUAAACUUACGGUCACGUUGAUCGGUUGUAUGUCCAGGGUUAUUCGAGCUGUCGCCGUCAUUUUCAUGCUCCAGUUCGUAAAACAGUUGAGUUCCGUUCGGCUUUUGGCUUCCGUUCACCACUGGAUCGUCCAUUUUUAUUCUAUAAAUAAAUAUUCAAUUCAUUCAUGUGUUGAACAAAAUGUUAUGAUAAUUUCAGGUGAUUUGAAUCAUAAGUUGAGUGAAUUUUUUUGAAAAUUCGAUAAAAUCUCAACUGCAAGUACAUGAAACUCCCCGAAAUGUGAAAAUUGUCAAUUAACGUGAGUGAGCAAAACAUUUAUAAUGAUUCACAUUCCGAAAAUAUCCACGUCGUGCGUCAGCCUUGAAUAAAAGCUUCCGCUUCAGCAUUUAAAAGCCCUCGCCCUGAAAAACUAAAUUAUUCUCCACGAGGAGAUAGAGAUAUUAUCUAUGAGAGAGUAGGAACACGAAUUGAGUCAUCGAGUACACAAAGAAAAAAUUCCAUUUUUAGAAUUUUUAUUUUUACGAUAACAACAAAAUUGAUUCUAAAGUUCAAUGAAAUUAUUUAUCGUUAAUUUUGUUUUUAAUAAAAUAUUUGCACAUUCUCCAGAGGUGAGAGGAGGCAACCACUUGCUCCAAUUUUUUAAAUAAAUUUUCUGCUUAAGAAUGUCAUUAAAAAUGGGAAAAUUAAAAAAAACUUCGGUCAAAAAAUUUGUUCAAAAAUGUGAAGGGAAGAGUCCUCUCCCUGAAACCCUCAAAAAUCAGGGCCUACCUCAAUGCCAGGAACAGCUGAUUCUGCAGACUGUUGUGAGAGCCCCUGGUCGUUAAUCACCACUUGAGAACCACUGGACAAUACACGCACAACCAACGUGUUGACUAGUCUGCCUACGUUGUAGCUUUCCCCGUUCCUCCCCGCGUGUUCCCCACCAGUUCACGAAAAAGAAUCGAAACCACCGGAAAAAAAAUUCGAAAUAAAUCGAGUGUCCGAAAUUCCGCGAAAGGUCUUCUCGAUUAAUCAAUUGCUAACGAUAAUAGCCGAGUUCAGAUGACAGAUCAGCGAGAAUGAUCGGAGGAGCGUCUCCAGAGCAUCCGUAUUGCCCAGUCUGACAGAAGAUACUGAACACGCGCAAACUCGACUGGAGGUACCAUAUGAGUCAGCCGUCGAGAAAGUCUCGAGAAUUGAACGAUUUAUUGAGGGAUACAGAAUGGAGAAAAUAGAAAUCGACAGGAUGUCGCUACCACGACCGACCCCUUCGCCUCACUCGGCAGUGAGCAACUGUCGCACUGGGGAACCGGAGUAUGGCAGCCAGGGGGUUGGACUAAAUACAGGUGUUUACCAAUUCCCCUUCGCCUGAAACCCCAACUAUGCUCCCACACACUGCAUGCACCCACCCCCCGGCUCAUGGCUUUUUUACGAGUGUAAAGUUGGGUGAUUAACCAGCCAAGAAAUUAUGAGACUCAAAAGCCCUUCGAGGCCCACGCCAUCUCAAAAGUUUGCAAUUUUUUUUUUCUGUUGAAUUGAUGGGGAAUAUCAAAAUAAACUGCUCGUCGUGAUUUGAGGGGCCGUGGGAGGAUCGCGUGUCGGGACAAAAAUUGAUCUGGCAUUCGAGGAAUUAUUAAUUAAGUGGUCAAGUUGGAGUGCAUCACGACGAUAACGAUUAUUAUUAUUAUGGGAGUUGUAGUCAAAUUUAGAAAAAAAUCGCCCUUAAAAGUUCUUCAAUAGUGGUUUAUUACGUUAAUGAUUAAUUAAUUGUAUAUUGAUUAAUUAUUUAUUUGUACUUACUAUAAUUAUAGUUCAUCUUUAUUUCAUUGUA